AUGUCGCGUCUUGGUGUGAGCAGGGAGUUUGUCAGCUUCUGGGGUACUCCUUCCUCCCGUUCACCCCUCUUUAACAUGUGCCUUCGGGUUCCCUCACCCAUGCAUCGUCUAUCUCGCCCUCCUCUGCCUCUUCCUCCGUCCUGCACAUGCAGAUUGGAGGUGCGGGCAUCCUCGCCGUUGGGUAGUUCGCUCCCUAAGAUUCUUUUUCGCUCAGACUUUGUGUUUCCUUUCUUUGCUUGGGCACAUUACGAACAAUUCACGCGUGCCAUUCCCUCGGAACAGGACUCUUUGCCUAUUGCCUUUGUGUACCGGUAUCCCGUACUUCCAAUUAACACCCUCCUCGGCUGUUUCUCUCUCCUGGAUGUUGUGAUGGCGCAUCGGGACCGCACGCCAAGAGCUUCUUCGAUUCGAGCUUUCGCCAUUUGUGACGUUUGCGACAACUCUCGCUGGCAAUCCCUGGCUUGGAUCCCCAUAUCCCGCUUCGCGGAGUGCAACUUGAGGGUGGUUAGUCGGCUAGAGGGGAUCCGUGUUGAAGACGCGUGGUUGUCUCUUCCUGUCGUCGUGCCUCGUGCCAAUAACUAUGCGCACGUCGACUGGUCUGUGCACAUCGGCCAGGCCCGCACGGUACCACCGCAGAUCUCCCUUCCACGAAGAAAUCGUGCGAGUGAGCACUGGUCAGUAAAAGCCAAGCUUACUCCGAGCCCGGCGUCCGACUCUUUCUCAUGCUGGCGUUCCUCUGACGAUCUUGCUCGUGUCGAGAAAGUCGUUUUCGAGGGACUAUGA